AUGUCAAUAAGAUCAAUAGUAAGCGGUUUUGCAGGCUUAGGUGUAGGAGGAGGGCUCGUGACAUUGUGGGGUAAGCCUUUUAGCCAUAGCGAGAAGAGUGGUACUGCUGCCGGAGGACCAUCUUCUGGUGUGCCAACUGGAAGCUCGAAUUCUGGUGGAGUUUUGCAUUUACAAGGAUCCAAUGUGAAUCCGAGUGCCUUUUUCAAAUAUGGAUUUCCAGGACCUGUACAUGACUUGAUGAAUAGAGAAGAAUUUGUUUCGUGCUACGACAGACAACUACGUAUUCCGUACUGGGUUGUUGAACACAUAACUCCAGAAUCUCUCUCUAAUAAGAGUGGAGAUCGCAAAAACUCGUUUUUCCGGGAAGAUGAAAGUAUCCCCGACACUUUCAGAGCACGUUUGAGAGAUUACUUUAGGUCAGGCUAUGAUCGUGGUCAUUUAGCACCUGCCGCCGAUGCCAAAUUCUCACAAAAAGCCAUGGAUGAAACUUUUUACUUAACCAACAUAUGUCCACAAGUUGGUGAUGGAUUCAAUCGGGACUAUUGGGCUCACCUCGAAUAUUUUUGUCGUCAGUUGGUCGAAAAGUACAAGAGCGUUCGUGUUGUGACUGGUCCGUUAUUUUUACCCAAGAAAGAUCCAGUUGAUGGGAAGAUGAAGGUUACCUACGAGGUUAUAGGAAAUCCUCCUAACAUUGCCGUGCCGACUCACUUUUACAAAUUGAUUGUUGCAGAAAACGCUGCACCGGAUCCUACUUCAGAUUCUGUUGCUGUUGGGGCAUUUGUUCUUCCGAAUGAUAAAAUUCCAAAUGAUACCAAGUUAACCGAUUUUGAGGUACCAGUAGAUGCUAUUUCGCGUAGCUCAGGUUUGCAGUUUCUGCAAAAAUUGCCAAGUAACAAAACCAAAAAAUUGUGUCAGGAAGUCGACUGCCACAUUACAGUAAGAGAUUUCCAAAAAGCAUUGCCAGCUCCAAAAAAAUAUCCCGCACUACCUCCUGGAUCUUCUUAG